AUGGCUGAUCGACAAAUUGACACGAGUGAUGCUGCAACAAUAAUAGCAGGUUUUUUUGAAAACGAGGAGGAAUGGGUAGAAAUGGAGGGAGAAGAAGAUAACGAACAGCGUAUUAUUGCCUUGGCCGAAGAAUUGAAUGCAAUUAAUAUGAACCACGCAGAGGAAACACCACCAGAAAUUGACCAAGAGGCUCAAAAUAAAUUACGAAAAGCCAUUUUUGCUAUUCGCAAUGACCCUAAUAUAUCCAAUGACGAAAAAGCGGCAAAAGUACAAGAGUUAAUGAGCUCAAAUUGGAGAGAACUUUCAAAAUCACAGCGAUCACAAUCAUCGUCGUUAACAAUAUCUUUGACGAGUGCGGAACCGACACCUGAAGAACUAAGAGCAACGUAUUAUGAUGAAUCAAAUAAAGUUCGUGGAUGCAUGCAUUAUCAACGUGGAGCAAAAUUACAAGCUAAUUGUUGUGGGAGAUGGUUCACUUGUAGAUAUUGCCAUGAUAGCGUUUCUGAUCACCAAAUUAUUAGAUACGACACCAAAAAAAUGAUGUGCAUGUACUGUCAAAAUAUCCAAACGCCCAAUCAAAUAUGCACUAAAUGCCAAACCACACUAGCAAGAUACUAUUGCGAUAUAUGUAAAUUCUGGGACGACGAUUCGCGAAAGAACGUUUAUCAUUGCGCUAGUUGUGGAUUAUGCCGUGUCGGUACUGGACUGGGUAAAGAUUUCUUUCAUUGUGAUACGUGUAAUUGCUGUUUGCCGCUUCGAUUGGAAAAGUCACAUAAGUGUAUAGAGAGAAAUUUGGAGCGUGAUUGUCCUAUUUGUGGUGAAUAUUUGUUCACAUCGGUGUUGAGAUCUAUUUAUUUGCCAUGUGGUCAUACAAUGCACGAAGCAUGUUUCCGAGAAUACUCCAGUAAUGCCUAUCAAUGUCCAAUAUGCUGGAAAUCGCUCGGUAACAUGAAGACCUACUUUGAACGAAUAGACGCGAUUUUACAAACACAAAAGAUGCCUCCGGAAUAUGAACAUUUUAUUUCGAUAAUUUUAUGCAAUGACUGCGAGAAACGAAGUAAUGCGAAAUAUCAUUUUGUCUACCAUAAAUGUGGGCAUUGUGGAGGCUACAACACGAAAGUUUUGGAAACAAUGGAGCAACCUCCCGUUGAAGAGGAGGAGCUUGAUGAGGAUGAAUAUGAAAGUGAGGGUGAUAAUUUCAAGUCUAAUAAUAACAAUAAUUUAUUGGAACAACAUCGAGAUCUUGGUCGUGUAGGAGGUGGAGGAGAGACCAGCAGCACAAAUCAAGUUUCGAUGACUUCUGUUGGUACUAGCAUAACUGAAGAUUAUACUAGUAAUAGCAUUGCAACCCAGACAUUCAAUAACUUCUCUACUACUA